AGCGAUUUGUAAGUUGAGACUAAAUUGAACUGUUGAAGAUAACUAUAAAAGAUAGAGUAAACUGAUUGAACUUUACAUGGUUUGUUACUUCUGGUUGCUUAGCACUGGUUAACUUAACACAUGCAACUAAAACUUAAAUUAAGCACCAUCUAUCGAGUUUAUUUUCUAGUCAAUCCUUUUCAACACAACCUUUCAUUCUAUUGUGCGUUUAAUGACAUUUAAAUUUUAAGUUAAUUUGAAUUUUAUUGCUCACGAGAUUUGGUUAAAGCAAAUUAUUCACCACAAUUUUAACAAUAAAUCUCUAGGUACAUUGAUUCCUUUUUGUCUGUUUCGCGUCAAAAAAUUAAUUUACAAACUGGGAUUGAGUCUCAAUCAUUGGAAUAAAAGAAUCAAAUUGAUAAUCAGACAAUUAGAUCAAAAAUAUCAAAAGUAUAGAUUAUUACUUUGCCUCUAAUCUAAUUUUAUGGAAUCCUAUUUUAACCUUCAUUGUUUUUUUCUAAAUUUCGCUCUAAUUUCCAAAUAAUCUGAAAAUAAUGAGUGGACUCGCGAUAUAUUUGUUGAUAAAUAUAACUUAUUUUGACGGAAUCUUGUGACAAUUAUCUUCAAAUUGGCAUAAAUGGUGUUUUAUUCAUUGAUUCAGAUAUGUGAAUAUCUAACUAUCAUCAGAAACACCCAACGAAUCAUAAUUUUAUUUAUGAAAAUUUUAUCAGUUUCCCCAUUAUUCUUAAAUAAUGUCCCAUUGACUCUUCAUAAUUAAUUUGUUACAUUAAUGGUUUAUAAAUUAAUUUUAUUUCAUUUUUUAUCGAAUUUUAAUUUCUUUCAAUUCGUUCUUCUCGCUACAUCAUGAUAAGACUAAAAAUAUGUUUUACUUUAACAAUUAAUGUGAUUUUUUUAUUGGUUUCUAUCAAAGAGACUGAAUGUUCAACUGAUUCUCUCAAAGCACUUGGUUGUGACUUCAUUAAUGACACUUGUGACUGGGAAAGUAACACACUAUCGCUUGGUGGCUACAGCUAUCCAUUGCAUUUCGAUCAACCUGAUCGCACUUUUCAAGGUCAGCCUUUACAAGGUAAUUAUAUUUGGUCAGAAACUGGUGGACAAUUGAAAUCAUCUCUCAUUAGUCCUGGAGAUGGACAAUUCUGUAUAUCUUUUCACUAUUACAUGUUCGGUUUUGAUGUCGGUACUUUGAAUUUGGAAUCAAUAUUAACCAAUCAAAACAGUCAAAAAGUUGAUCUAGUCCCAAUAUGGUCAAGAUCUGGUUCAAAUUAUGAUGGAUGGUCUGAGCAAAGUCUGACGAUAGACCUGAACCAUGAUUAUUUCACGAUUCUUCAAUUCACAAUUACUUCAUCAGGCAUAUUCUUGGGGCCGUUGAGAGUUUCUUCAGGAUCUUGUACUAAAACAAUUGAUUGCAGCUUUGAUGAUUUUUCAUCUUGUAAUUGGUUUAUUGAAUCAGAUGUAAACUAUCCUAACUUUAAAUGGACGAUAAAAGAUGAAAAGGUUGCAACUGCUUCAAAUCUGACCAGCAAUAAGUACCUUGUUACUUCAAAUGUCUUAGUCAACAUUCCAGCUUCUACUCGAUUCAUAAGUGAAAAUAUUUUCAGUUCUUGGUCAACUCAGUGUCUUGAAUUCAAUAUAUUUAAACCUGAUAACAAACGAGAUCGUGUUCAAAUAUUUUAUUCAUUUAAUAACUCAUCAUUAGUUCCGAUUUGGUCUUCAAGUUCAAUUGAGAGUCAACAAAACUGGAUAAAUGUCAAAAUUCAGUUGAAGCCUUCUGGUCAAAGUGAUGAUGAUUACAAGAUUAUGAUUGUCGGAGACAAAUAUUCAGAGAGUAAAGAUGAUUCUUCUAUAGCAAUUGAUGAUCUUAGCAUCGAUUUCAAGUCAUGUGCCUCUGAACAAAAUUGUGAUUUCAGUGAAAACACCUGUGGAUAUAUUUUUUCCAAAAAUUCCUUUCUUCUUGGUUAUGGUCGAUUACCUGACUCGAACAUCUUUACAAAUUCUUUUUCAAAAGUUUUUUCGAAUGCAAACAUGUUUCUAUACAAUAUUCCAACAUCAAAGACCAGUGAUUAUGUGUUGACCAGUCCGACCUUACCAUCCAGCAAAGCGACAUGCUUGCAAUUCAGACUCUUCUUUUCACAGUCAUCACAUAAUAAUGCAUUUGCUCAAGUAAUGAUAAAUUACGUUUCAUCUUCGGGUGAAUCAAUGUCUCAAUCUGUUUCACAAUUCAACUCUGAUCAGUUGGAAAAACAAUCCGAUGCAUGGACACAAUAUAAAGUAACCUUAGCAAAUGAGAAACCUUUUUCAGUUUCAUUCCUUUUUCAUGGAAGCAAAAGUUUUUUCGCCAUUGAUGAUAUAAAAUUUGAAAAUGGACUUUGUCAUCAAGACUCUGAUAUUCCAUCUACAAUAGGAACUGUGCAUUUGUCUGAAAACUUUGACGAUGAAGUUUCUCAUUCCAAUUGGCUAGUAAAUACCUGGAAACAUAAACACAAAUUUGACAGUCGCUUUGAUCAUCCCAUAGUUGAUGCAACUCAUAAGUAUUUUGGUGGUUAUAUUUAUAUUGAUUCAACUCAUUCCCAACAAGAAGCAAUAAUAACUUCCAAAAAGUUUAAUGGACUCGGUCCUUACUGUUUGUCUCUAUCUUAUUGGUGUUCAAUAGGCAAUAACAAAAUAUCAAUUGAACUGAAUAAUCGAAAACUCGAAAACAAUGAAACAAUUUAUGUUAGAGAUUGCAUUGGAAAUGAUGAUAACUGGAAAAAUUUAGAAAAAUCAUUUCUCAUGAAUGGUGAUUUCCAAAUAUCUAUUGAAGGAAGCAGUGAAGAUUCAAAAUUAGCAUUAGACGAAGUUUCUUUACGAAUCGGCUCAUGUUCUUUGCAAGCCAAAGAUUCAAUCGAAUGUACCUUUGAAGCUGACGUUUACUGUCCAUUGGAAGUUGAACCAUCUAUGCACCAACUUUGGAAAGUUUCUAGUGGAUAUGAUCUGUCUGUCGAAAUGGAUGAUAAAACUACUGAAUCCAAAAAAGGUUCAGUUAUUGCUCUUGAAUUUCCAUUUGCUCCUAACACUAGAGACACAAGUUAUUUCUUCAUUCCCCUCAAAAAACACUCAGGUCUUAAUUGUUUACAAUUUUCAUAUAAAGUUAAUUGCGAUUGUUCUUUAUCAACUUGGAUUGCUGAUCGAACAUCAGAUUCAUCUAAAAUCAAACCUUUUUAUUCAAUUAAUUAUAAUUUGGGAUUGCGAUGGUAUCAAAAAAGAAUUGCAUUGAUGAUGAACUCUUCACACAAGAUCAUUUUUGGUGGAUCCUACGAGCCUUCAUCUCAUGGAUCAAUUGUUUUGGACGAUAUAUUCAUAAAAGCUGGAACAUGCGAGUCUGAAUUUAUGUGUGACUUUGAAAGUGAAUGUCUUUGGAAUACUUUACCCCUUUCAACAGUUGUUUAUAUUGAUCAACCAUCGAUGCAACUGACUGUUGAUUCUGAAUGGACGAUCGGCAUGCCUAACGCAUCAUAUCCCAACCAGUAUCCUCCAAUUGAUUAUACAUUGUAUGAUGAUAAAGGUUCUUAUAUCCAUACUCUCAACGAGGAAGGUGCUUCAGUGCUAGCAUCACAACCCUUUCCGAUUCCAAAAGGCACUCAAUAUGUUUGUUUGUCAUUUGCUUAUUCACUUCCAUACAACGAUUCUUAUCCAACAUCAAGAUUGGAGAUUUAUUUGCACUAUUUAGAUGGUUCGAUUUCCUCUGUUAGACAACUCUCUCCAACAAAGUCCACUUAUUCGUAUUCUCCGUGGUCAUUUGCCAAACUAUCAAUUCAAAUUGAUAGCAAACAUCAAGAUAAUGUUUUAUUUCUCUAUAUUGUUGCGAAUGGACCUGGACCGAAAUCGAUCGACGAUAUUAACUUGAAUAUUGGUCAUUGUGAAGAAAAGACGUUCUUUGAAUGCGGCAAUAACGAAAAGAUUGCAGUCUCUUCUGUAUGUGAUUUUAUAAUUGAUUGCAAGAACGGAAAGGAUGAAGUAAACUGUGGUGACUGUACGUUUGACGGAAGCAAAUGUGGUUACAGUUCCAAUGAUUGGGAUAUCACGAAUGGUUAUGCCACUUUUGUUCCAAGUCCCUUUUCGAAUGUUAUAACACCAUUAACUAGUCCUGUGAUCAGUCAUUCGUCAUCAUCUUGUCUUCUUUCAUUUGAAUAUCAAACAGAAUUCGUUGAUACUCUUACAGUGGAGAUACUAAUGGAACACAGAGAAGCUCUGAAAAUAUGGUUUAAUAGCAACUAUCAAAACUCUUCAGUUGACCACUGGACGUCUAGCCAAGUCUCCAUCGGACGAAUCUCUCAUUCUUUCAGGAUUAGCUUCAAUUCUGAAAUAGUAAACUCGAAGAUUUACCCAACCAUUUCCAUCAGAAAUGUAAAGUUGUUGAAUUGUGGUUAUGAUAAGACAAUUAAAACAGAAAAACAAUUUAUCUGUAAAGAUGGAGCUCGAAUAAGUUUGGAUAAAAAAUGCGAUGGAACUUUCGAUUGUCCAAAAGGUGAAGACGAAGUUUCUUGUUCUUAUAUGAUUUAUAAUUUCGAAGAUGAUUCAUUAAAUAAUGAUUGGUUAUCAACUUCCAAUUCCAUAAGUAAAUGGGAAAUUGUAACUGGAAGUGGCCAGCUUGAGACUCGCCCUUCAAGAGAUCACACAACUGGAUCAUCGUAUGGUCACUUUGCUUUCCUACCAUACAUUACAUCAGAUUCAAAAAUAGAGACUUACUUCUUUGGCCCAUUGAUCACGAACACUGUGGGAUGUGCAAUCACUUUUUACUUUAAUAACCCUAACCCAGCAUUUAGCCUUCGUUUAGUUAUCAAGGAUUCGGAAACAAACGAAGUAUUGGAAACUUUAACUGAAGUUACAGGACAAAAUGAUUUUGUAAAGCAUACAGUCAGAACUGAUUCCAUCUCAAUGAGACUGCCAUUUCAUCUCAAUUUCAUUGGAGUUCAAUCAUCUCCUGUAAUUAAUGAAUAUGAAAACGAUGCUAAGUACAUUGCUCUUGAUGACAUUAUAUUCAGUGAUAAAUGUUACUCCAGUUUGCCUGAUGCAAGUAAAAAAGCAAAACCAAGUGUUACAUGUCAUACUGACCAAUUUACUUGUGCUGAAGAUUUUUCAUGUAUCGAUGAAAGUUAUGUCUGCAACGGGAAAUCCGAAUGUCCUUAUGGAUCGGAUGAAGCGAAUUGUGGCUCUUGUGACUUCAAUUCAAAUGAUUUUUGUUCUUGGCUCAGCACUGGCUCUAAUCAAUGGGUGCUUGUCAAACCCCAAGAAGUCCGUCACAACCUUUACCCUUCGACUGAUGGCUCUGGCGAUACAAGUGGUCAGUAUCUUGCAGUUACAAACAAAAACUCGGAUGGUAACGCAAUACUGAAGUCUCCUGUGUUAUUUUCAACUCGCGAUGAAUGCAUUUUAAACUUUAGAUACUUUUUACCAUAUCAUGGACCACACUUGAUGAUCAAGUUGGUUAAAAACUCUUUAGAAAAGACUUUAGACACUUUGAGUCCUCGAGGUGAUGACUUUAGAUGGAGAAGUGGUUCAGUUUCGCUGGGUGGACUUGGGAACGGAUAUCAAUUGUUAUUUAUCGCGUAUCAGUUGCCAGAAAAUGCACCGACAUUCUAUCCUGUUGGAUUGGACUCAUUCAAGAUGACCAAUUGUUAUGGUGAUGAAAAGGAAAAUGUUGACUUUGAUUUUUCAUGCGAUUUUCAAGAGACUUUGUGUUCUUGGUACAUACCAGACCUUAUUUCAUCCACAAACUCAGUAUGGAAAAUAACGAACACUCCAUCAGAUGUAGGAGUUUGGCAUCAACUGCCUGAAGAAGAUGAUUUUUAUAUCCAUGUUCUUAGUGAUACUAAUUCGAAAGAAACUAAUCAAGCUGUAUUAACUUCCCUUUGGCAUUCACCAGUUGAUUCAUCAUGCUUGAAAAUAACUUAUAGAAUGUUUUGUCGAUUUGGAUGCUCACUGAGUUUAGAUAUGCAAGAAAAAUCUUUGUACUCUACUCAAAUUAUGAACAAAGUUGACUCUCAAAGCAAUGGCUGGAUAGAACAGUUUGUUAAUAUCAAGAGUGGCAAUGAGUUUAGACUGAAAUUCAAUGCAUCAGCAAAUACAAGAAUAACUCAAAUAGAUGAUACUGAUUCUGAAGAUUUCAUUAUUGCUCUCAAAUCAAUCAAAUUCGAUGAAGGUAAAGAGUGUCCUGUAAAUGGUGUUUGUGAUUUCGAACUUGAUAAUUGCAUUUGGUCUCUUGAUGGCUUGGAAAGAAUUGAAGCCGCAGCUAUAAAUAUUAUGAGUGAUCAUUCACUAGGAGUAGCAAGUGGACACAUUUUGAGUUUAGAUAAGUCCCAAAGUGCGAUGAGAGCUUUGAUCAGCAAUGACUUGUAUUGGACUGAUAAAUGUUUGACAUUUUGGACAACACCUUUAGCAGGUAAAAAAGAUGUCAUCUCAAUCAUUUAUAAUAGUGCAACACUCUCCAAAGAAUAUCAGAUAACUUCAGAUGAAGUUGAGAUGAAUUCGAACAGUGCAUGGAUCUAUCGACGUGUAAAUGUUCAACUUGAGCAUUCAAAUUUGGUAAACUCGGGUAACCUAACGAUAGAAUUCAAUAUUGAAUCUGAUAAAGAUCAUUUUGCUAUUGACGAUGUGUCAUUGCACGAAAAGCCCUGUGAAUCUCCUGGCUCUUGUAGUUUUGAGGAAGAUACAUGUGGUUGGCAUAAUACUGGAACAGUUUCAUGGCUUCGCAACUCCGGAUCAACACCAUCGCCUUAUUCAGGACCAGAUAAAGAUUCAAGUGGUCAAUUCGGAUGGUAUUUGUUUGUCGAUGAAAGAGAAUUGAAAUACAAUAAUUCAGCGCAGCUCGAGAGUGAAAGCUUAUCUAUAUCACCUGAGAUUUGUAUAGUUUUUGAUUAUUACCUUUACUCUAAAGUUUCCAACCAAAGUAACAUCGGUGCAAUAAUAGUUUUUAUAAAAGAGUCUGGCACCUUGAAUAGAAAAAUCGUAGAUACCAUUGCACCGCCGAGCUCAUCUAGGUGGAUGAAACAUUCUCUGAGUCUUACAAAUUUGCCACUUGAAUAUCGAAUAAUAUUCAGUGCUGUUGGAGGAACAAGUGAGUCUGGGGACAUUGCAAUCGAUAAUAUUGAGUUAUUACCUGGUAAUUGUUCAGACAUUUCAUCAAAAACGAACCCACAAAAGCUAUUUGCUUGUAACUUUGACGAUGGAACUCUUUGUGGUUCACGAAUAUCGAAUAUGCAAAUUUCUAAUGGACUUUCAGCAAAAUCGAAGAAAGCUCCGGAAAUCGACCACAUGAAUGGCACACAAAAAGGGAAUUAUUUGCUCAGCAAAGAAUCUCAGUCUUUUAUUUCGAAAGAUAUCAAUUUUAUAAACAAUUCUAACGUUUGUUUCAAGUUUUAUUAUUUCAUCGACUCGACAACUUUGUCCUCUCAAUCAAAGUAG